AGGAACGAAAAACGAAACUUAAGGCUACAUGGAUAAAUUGAGGAACUCUUUCCAAGGAGCCGACACUGCUCAGAGACUACAAUAGGUGCACGUUAUCUGCUGAUUCUGAAUAUUCUCGAGGUUUGCUGAAAUAGCACUUCACUUCAGGCUAUGGAUAACCCGGGAAUAAGACAGGUAAAAGAAACAUUAGGCCAGUACAUCUCAGAGACUUUAUCCAACAUUCACACCAUUAAAGAUUUCUUUGAGAAGAAAGAAAAAUGGUACCUCCAGAGAGUGACAGAGGUGGACAUGAUGAGAGACAUCAAGGUCAGGGCAGACAAGAUCACUCUUACCUUUGACCAUGUCAAGAACUCAGAGGACAAGGCCAAAGCUUUCGGGCAGUUUCUGUGGAGUGGCCUGACUGCAAUGACUGCUGACAGAAAACGUCGAAAGCUGGAGAAGGAGCUGGGGGCUGUUCUGAAGGACACCCUGGAAGGACUUGAGAAGCUGCAGAGCUUCCUGGAAGCUGUGGAGAAGCUGGCUGUCACGUCAUUCUUCGUGUUUACAGAUUGCCGCUACCUGCCCAAAGGGGUAAACGCUGCGGAUGUCCGUUCGGUUAUCUUUGCCGCAAGGAUGGCUGCUCCUCUUCUUGUCCACUUCAAGAGGGAUGACGCUGCUUUCUUCCUCCCCAGCCUGAAUAAUGUCGACGUGCUGGCCUUCCAGCUGGAGAAAUACAUACGCAUCUCACUGCAACUCUUUGAACAGUUGGAAAAGAGAACCAAGAGCAUAUUAACUGUGGGAAGCUGUUACCGAGGGUUAAGCUUUGACCAAGCUAUCAACUUCAAUGCGGAUACAAGUGAGGAAUCUAUUCUGACAAUGCUUGACCAGUUGAACCAGCUGAAGAUCAUCAGGACCAACCAGGAUGUGAGGCUGGCAUUCCUCUUCAAGGAAGCUGCUGGGUACUUCAUUGGCCUGUUCAGUCUGCGCCAUGGCAGGAUGCUCCAGUUCCUGUCUGAACUAGAGGAGAAUGCAAGACAGCUGGAUAAUAUGAGAUUUGGGGCCAGUGUCUCUAGUGUAGCUGGCAGCUCAGUGGGGGUGACAGGGGGGGUAUUGUCCAUCGUUGGCCUGGCCCUGGCACCUGUGACCGCAGGUGUCUCCUUAGCUCUCACACUGACAGGGGUGGGUCUAGGGGUGACCAGUGGUGUCAAUAGUCUGGUGACAAGCAUCACUGAGGUAGUUGUCAACAAACACCAUGGGACCAAUGCUAGCAAUAUCUUCCAGAGUUUCAUGGAGGAUGUUAAUGAGUUUGUUGACCGUUUGGAGCUGGUAGCCAGCAUUGAAGGUCCAGCUAUUGGACAAGAUAAGAUGGCUUUUGUAGUGGGGGCAGGAAAGGCUGUAGCUAGUGCUUGUGGAAUCGGAAAGGGCAUAGAUGGCUUGGUAGAUGCUGCCUCAGCUGUUAAAGUCCUCCAGACUGAGGAGGUAGCUGCAUCUGCUGUUAAGCUGGGACAAGAGGUAAAGGCAGGAAGAAAUAUACCCAAGUUAGCUGCGGACCUGCCUGACAUCGGGCAGCUGGCCAAAGGGACACCUCUUGCCAUCUCAAAGUCUGCACGGUCUGGCUUCAUUGCCCUCAAUGCACUUUUCAUCGGUCUAGAUGUCUUCUUCAUCUGCAAAGACAGCAUCAGUCUUGCCAAAGGGAGCAAGAAUGAGGUGGCACAGUUCAUCCGCUCCAGGGCAGCUCUUUGGCGCUCAGAGCUGGACUCUUGGGAGAGGAUCAACAACUCACUCUGCAGAGGGAUCUGGAGGUUCAGGAGGAGCCAGCGACUCCUAGAAACACCAUUUUACCCUGAGCAAGCCAGCUAACGGCUCAUACACACAGUUGCGUUCCGUCAACGCAUGCCAGUGGGUGUUCCCGAUGGUAGCUAUGCAAAUAACUUGAAGUAUAA